AUGAUGUCCGACCCUACAUCGGACGAGUUGGAUAGAUUACUCCAGGCCGCUCGGAAGGGGGAUUAUGCAGCAGUGGUGGAAUGCCUUGAAACGGUAGACUGUAGAGCAGCAGCCAACCAGUACGGCCUCACUCCCCUGCACGCUGCGGUUAGCGGUGGUAAUGAGAAGGUUAUUCGACUGUUGGUGGAAAGGAAGGCCGAGAUUGACAAGCCCGACCGUAGCGGUUUCACCCCAUUAUACGUGGCAUUGAGCCGUAACCGUCCAACCUGCGUGGAGCUCCUACUGCAAUUGGGCGCAUCUGUCGGGUUUAGUAACCAGGACGGAGCUACGGCAAUGCAUGUGGCGGCGGCAUUAGGUCGGGAGGAGAUCGCUAAGAUGUUGAUUCACAGUGGAGCAGAUGUGAAUGCUAAAAACAACGUAGGCAACACCCCGGCUAUGGCUGCUGUUAUGGCCGGUCGAUCGAAGGUCUUGGAAUUACUGCUGGAGACGGGAAAGUCGAUGGUGGCAUCAAGAAUGAGUCAUUAUCACUCCUCUUUCCAGAGUGGGCAGUCUCUCCUGGACCUGGCUGGGGCUAAUAGGAGCCUCCCAUCUGCGUUAUUGAGCCAGCUGCGAGAGGUUAUGUCGUCGGAUAGUAGAAGACCUGCUGGUGCUACAGCGGAGCGAAAGCCUUCUCUGGGCACCCAGACUGAAUCGCCCCUACAGACCAUAGGGGUAUCAGUGCAAACCCGGGAAGGGGCCAUGGAGGAUGCCACGGGUCCCUCGCCUUACUUAGAGCAAUUAGCUGAGCAUCGUCGCCGUAUACGUAAAUUGGAGAGGAAGCUCGCCUCUGCCCAGGAUGAGGUGGUGAGGCUUCGAAGGGUGUUGGAGAGGCAGGGCACCUCUGAGCGUGAUGGAGUUGUCUGUCGGCGGCCAGCUGAGGUCGUGGAGGUGCCUGAGGCGAUGCCGGCUAUGUUAUCAGAAUAUCGUUUGCGUAUAGUGAAUGACAUUGAGAGGAGGCUCGAGAAGAUGCAGGCGGCAGGGAAGAUACUAUCGGCUACCAGGUUGUCUCGGCGCUACCAUGGUCCUAUGUGA